CCGCAGCCGGGACACACGGCGGGCACCGGCUGCAGCUCCCCCGGCUGCUCCUGCGGAAUUCCAGCUCCUCCUGGGAGCGGCAGCUCCCGGCACAUCGCGCCGGACAGGGCACGGUGGGGCAGCUGUCAAAUGGCAGCGCUUUAGGUCGUGACACGGAUCCGGCGCUGAGGGGAAACCCGAGAGUCUGGGGGCCGGUUCGUGGGCGGGCUUUUCUUUCAAGAGCCCGUCCGCCCGCCGCCGCUCUGGGGAUGGCAGCGUAGGAUCCCCGAGGAUGGGGGCCCCGCGCAGGGACCGGCCCCGCUGGCUGGGGACCCUCCUGGCCGCCUGUCUGGCCACCCUCCCGGGCAUCAGCGCCUGUCCCCGGCCCUGCGCCUGCCACGGCUCCGCCGAGCUCCACUGCACCUUCCGCUACUUCAGCGCCGUCCCGCCGCGCAUCCCGCCGGACGUGCAGCGCAUCAACCUGGGCUACAACAGCCUGCGAGCGCUCAGCCCCACGGACUUUGCUGGCCUGGAGAAACUGGAGUUACUGAUGCUGCACAGCAAUGAGAUCAGCGUGAUCCCUGAGAAGGUGUUCAGCGAUUUACGCUCACUACAGGUUUUAAAAAUGAGUUACAACAAGGUCAGAGGGCUUCAGCAGGAUGUAUUUUAUGGCCUGAACAGCUUGGUACGGCUGCAUAUGGACCACAAUCAAAUUGAAUUUGUGAAUCCCAAUGUCUUCUAUGGACUCACUUCCUUGAGGUUGGUCCACCUGGAUGGAAAUUUACUUCAGCAGCUGCAUCCAGACACUUUUGUUACCUUGCGCUACAGUCAAAUAUUCAGAAUAUCCUUCCUGAAGCACAUCUCUCUGUCUGACAAUGUGCUGACUUCACUUCCACAAGAAAUGUUUUCCUACAUGUCAGAGCUUGAGAGCAUUUACCUCCACGGAAACCCCUGGUCCUGUGAUUGCAGCCUGCAGUGGUUUGCAGAGUGGGCACAGGAGAGACCAGAUGUUAUAAAGUGCAGAAAAGAAAGAAGUUCUGGUGUCCAGCAAUGCCCAGUCUGUGCUGGUCCCAAAAAUCACAACGGGAAAAGUUUAGUGGAUCUUCCUUCUGCAUCUUUCACCUGCAGUAAGCCAGUCAUCCAUGACUCCCUGAAAUCCAGAGACCUCGUGGUGCCAGACGAUGGGGAUUUCAGUUCUGUGUCUCCCAAGGACUUGGUAGCUCCGAUGGGAUCUGUGGUUCUGAAUAUGACUGACCAAGCAGGAAAUCAAGGCCACUUGGUUUGCAAUGUCCAGAAACCUGAAGAAAUGUCUCCCAUCUCAUUUGACAAAAAUGGCUCCAGCACAGUGCUCAAAACCUCGUUCUCAGCACUCCUGGUGUGUGGCGUUGACUCUGGACACAUCCAGCAGCUGUGGAGCAUCCUGGCACUGUACAGCAGCGCUCCUUUGAGACUGGAGCAAACUGAGCGCGCGACCCACGCACCUUCUAUCAGCUACAAAUACAGGCAGAUCUCCAGUGAGAAAGACGAGCUUUUCACCAAUGUCCAGGCUGCCCUGCGAGCCGAGCCAGGCUGGCUGAUGCAGAGCAGAGUGUCCCUGCAGCUGGACAGGACGGCCACCACGCUCAGCACGCUCCGCGUCCGCUACGCCGCCGACGCCCGCAUCAGCGCGCCCAGCGACGGCAGAGACCGGAGACAGAGCUGGGCCCUCAUCGCCAGGGACAACAGCACCCGCACGGAGCACACGGUGCUGGCCGGGGGCACCGCGGAGCUGGGCUGCCGGGCAGCCGGGGAGCCCGCUCCUGCCGUGGAGUGGGUGCUGCCCGACGGCAGCAAGCUGCGGGCUCCCCACAUCAGCGAGGACGGCAGGGUGGCGGUGCUCGGCAGCGGGGCGCUGGCGCUGCGGGCGGCCGACGUGUUCGACACGGGGCUCUACCACUGCACCAGCUCCAACCACGGGGACGCCGACGCGCUCGCCUUCCGAGUCACGGUGGUGGAUCCUCACGUGGAGCACAGUGGCGUGAACGGGGCCCGGCUCUGGGCUGCUCCCGGCAGCACAAUUCACCUUCCCUGCACAUCCACGGCCGCUCCGGACGCUGCUGUCACCUGGGUGUUACCUGAGCACACAGUCCUUCGUCAGUCUGCAGGAAACAAACACAUUUUUGCCAAUGGCACCUUGAGGAUACAAGGGGUGACGGAGAGAGACGUGGGCUACUUCCAGUGUGUCGCAGCCAACCGGUACGGCGUUGACAUUUUGGUUUUCCAAGUGCAAAUGAGACAGGAUGGAACUGCCCUGAAGAAAAAGCACGGAGCUCUGGGAGAGUGGGAAGAGGGCUCUGGCAAUGAGCUGCUGCACUCUGCUGCAGCACAGAGACAUCCCUCAGCCAGCCCAGCCACCCUGGCUCCUCCUGCCAGCAGCCAGGGCACACAGAGCCCACGUCACAGGAACGGCCACGGGAAAAGGCCUCCCUGGCCCUACGGAGACAGAGCGGGCAGGCGGUUCAGGGGACACAGGAGACAGUUUGUUUCCUCAGGCAGGAGAGCUGAUCCACAGCGCUGGGCAGCCUUGCUGGAGAAAACAAAGAGAAAUUUGACGGUGACAGACAAAGGAGGAGAAGUUGCAACAGAACCACCCAUUCGAGUCCAUAAGCUCUCAGAGGUACCCGAGGAUGAGGAGGAGACAUCUGGUGAUCUCAUAUCUCCAGAAGAAGAAUUCUUGAUACCAGCGACAGAGAGAUCCCCAGUGUCUGCUCUGGGGAGAGCAACAGAGCUCACGAUCACUGCAGGGCCCGAGGAGGCCGUGAAUCCCACCCCUGCCUGGUACGCCUCCCCCCUGCCCACAGAGCCAUCCACUCCCCCACCCUCACCUCCUCCACACUCCCUGGCACCUGCCAGCAAAAGGCCACAAACACUUACAAAACCUACAGACUCAUGGCAAAGAUCUGAUUUGAGUCAAGUAUCAGCAAAUGGUGUAAAACAAUCAACUGUACCAAGUGGAACAUCCACACUCCUCCCUGCUGGGCAAAAGUCAAUAUAUUCUGGGGGAAGUCAUAAUCAGCAUCUCAAGUCUGCAUCCAUGACACCCACAACAGAAACUACAGGCACCAGCAAGGCUGUAACUCCCCAAAACUCAGCAGACAAGUUACCUAUUAUUACUGAGCCUAUUGAUAACAUUUCCACCAAAACAGCUCACCAGGUCCCUGUGGUGACAGUCAGUGCCCCAAGCUCUGAAUCUGGCCUCAUUUAUUUCCAUAGUACUCAAAAAGGAGGAACCCCUAAUCCACCACUGGCCUCGACUUUGGCUACUCAUCAGCAAAUUGGGGUUCUCCAGGACGUCCCGACUCACCCACCCCAGCCCCAGCAGCACCAUGGAAGACGGAGGAAGGUUUCUAGUCGGAGACGAAUUGUUAGGCCAGGGCAUAUCCAAAGCAUGAAAGAGCACCGAUACAAUUUUGGGAGGCCAGGGUCUGCCAGAGGAAGUUCAGCUGUGGCUGCAGGUGUUCAGCUGCCUAUGAACCAUGUACCAAAUGUACCAGCCUUAAAUAACUUGAGCAGUUCCAUGAGUCCAUCUAGGCCAGAAGCACCCCAGUCUUCCCCCUCCACCAUGAGUGUGCCAUUGGAGCACCCCGUGGGUACCCAUCAAAACACAGCAUUCCUCAGGGAAGAGGGGGAGAAAAAUAGUGCAGGGCAAAAAGCUGCUCCCACAGUCACACCUGUCACUGCAAAGGACACUGCCACUGCUGCAGCCAGUGGAUUGGGCAUCGUGGGUUUGAAGCCAACAGCUGCACUUGUCAAUACUCCUCAAACCAACACCAGAGUCACCAAAAGUAAAAUACCCAGAGUGGGAGGAAGGAGAGGUCAGAGGAGGAGGAGGCCUCCCAAAACACCUGCCCCACAGCGUGUGGCUGCAGCCCGCAGCACUGCAGCCAGCACAGCCACUCCCCCAGGGACAGCUCUCCCAUCACCAGCUGUGCCUCCCAGCCUCGCACCUGCAAAACCUCUCCCUGGGAGCGUCAGUGCAGUCUCCAGGACCAACACAGCAGCACUGGGGAUCCCUGACAGUCCUGAGGCAGCUCAGCACAGGCCCACGGCAGCCACACAGACAUCAGCAACCCCGGGCACCUUCAGGAACACCCAGACAGCAACGUCCCUGCCUGGCACUGUGACUGCUCUGAGCCCCACCAGGGCACUCCAAACCACACCAGUCACACAGGGGAACACCCAGCUGGCCACGUCACCAGCUGCCAGUCCUGCCCAGACCCCCACCAUGGGUCUCCAAACCUCACCAUGGCUGGAUGAGUCCCCCGGUGCCACUCGUGCCCCACCUGCUGCAGUCAGUGCCACGUCAGGGCCGGUACCUGCCGAGCCCAUCACAGCCACUGCCACGGCAGGAGAGAAACCUCACCUGGAAGUGGAGGAGGGGGCUGUGCAGGAAAACCAGGCAGCACAGCCCACCCUCCCGGCGGGAGCCGUGCCAGGCACCCCUGCUGCAGUCACCGCUCCCACCCGGGCGCCCUCCCCUCGGCCAGCCCUGCCCGCAGCCGCCCCGCGGGGGCACGGCCAGCCCCAGCCCGGGGCACCUCCCGAGGGCACAGGGAGGGGGAACACGCUGCAGUCACCACAAACCGCAUCUCCAGGGGCAAGGGACAGCUCUGCCAGAGCCUGGUCUGAAAGGGGACAGGAUCAAGACACCACCACCAUCCCCAGUCCCAUCACCUUAGGUGCUGCAAGCAGAAACCAUUUUUCAAAGCCCAGAAUAGUCGGAGGGAAACUGGCUACUUUCACUCUGCUGGUGAAUUCUGAUGCUCUUAUUCCUUGUGAAGCUACUGGGAACCCCCCUCCAACAAUACAGUGGACCAAGAUACCAUCAGGGCGCGCUGCCGCGGGGCGCGGCGCUGCGGGCGGCUGGGCGGUGCUGCCCGACGGGACGCUGUCCAUCGCGGGGGCCGGCCCGCAGCACGCCGGGCUCUACCUGUGCACGGCGGCCAACGCGCUGGGCGCCGAUCGCCUGCUGGUCACGGUGGCCGUGCCGGCGCAGCCGCCGCGCAUCGCCCGCGGCCGGGCGCGGCCGCCGCCGGCGCUGUCCGGGGGCCCCGCGGCGCUGCCGUGCCGGGCCCGGGGCAGCCCCGCGCCCCGCAUCGCCUGGCUGCUGCCCGACGGCUCCCGCCUCUCGCCCGGCGCCGGCCGCGGCAGGGCCCGCGUGGGGGCGGACGGCACGCUGCUGAUCCGGGCGGUCUCCGUGCACGACGGGGGCCUCUACACGUGCCUCGCCGAGAGCCCCGCGGGCACCGACACGCUGGCCGUGACGCUGCGGGUCGUGGCGGCCCCUCCCGCCGUUCUGGAGGAGAAGAGACAAAGCGUGGCCGGGACGGCGGGGGACAGCCUGACGCUGCCCUGCACGGUGCGGGGGCAGCCCGAGCCCAGCGUGCACUGGGUGCUCCCCGACGGCACCGCCGUGAGGCCCCUGCAGCGGCUGCGCUCGGGACUGCUCCUGUUCGCCAAUGGCUCCCUGCACCUGGGCCGCAUCGCCCCCUCCGACAGCGGCAGCUACGAGUGCAUCGCCACCAGCUCCACGGGCUCGGACAGGAGGGUGGUCACCCUCGAGGUGCAGCACAGAGACACGCUGCCCAAAAUAGCCGUCGCCUCUCGAGAGCUGACUCGGCUGAAUUUCGGGGAGAGGUUGCUCCUGAACUGCACGGCAAGUGGGGAGCCCAAGCCCAGGAUAAUCUGGAGGCUGCCCUCCAAGGCUGUUGUGGACCAGUGGCACAGAAUGGGAAGUCGGAUCCAUGUCUACCCCAACGGAUCCUUGGCCAUUGAGGCAGUUACAGAAAAGGAUGCAGGUGAUUACCUGUGCGUGGCAAGGAACAGAAUUGGGGAUGAUCUGAUACUGAUGAAAGUCAGCAUCACGAUGAAGCCAGCCAAGAUUGACCACAAGCAGCAGUUCAAGAAACUGGUGCCGUACGGGAAGGAUUUCAGAGUGGACUGCAAGGCCUCAGGGUCGCCCACACCAGAAAUAUCCUGGGGCCUGCCAGACGGGACAGUGGUGAACAACGCGAUGCUGGCGGAUGACAGCGGGCACAGGGCUCGCAGGUACGUCCUCUUCGACAACGGCACGCUGUACCUCAACAAGGCUGGGGUGGCUGAAGGGGGAGAUUACACCUGCUACGCCCAAAACUCUCUGGGGAGGGAUGAGAUGAAGAUCCACGUCACGGUCAUCGUGGCAGCCCCUCAAAUAAAGCACAAUUACAAGACACACGUUACCGUGACAGCUGGGGACACAGCCCUGCUGGACUGUGAGGCUGCUGGAGAGCCCAGGGCUCAGAUAUUCUGGGUGCUGCCUUCCAGGGAGGUGCUCUCCUCCUCCACAGACCGGCACUGGCUGCACGCCAAUGGCUCCCUCUCCAUCGGCCGCGCCGGCCUGCCGGAUGCCGGGGAGUACCUGUGCGUGGCCCGGAACCCCGGCGGGGACGACACCAAACUCUACAGGCUGGAUGUGGCUGCCAGGCCCCCCACCAUCAACGGGUUAGACAGGAACAAAACCGUCAUGAAGGUGACGGCAGUGAGGCACUCGAAGAAACACAUCGACUGCCGGGCAGAGGGGACACCUCCCCCUCAGAUUAUGUGGAUCAUGCCUGACAACAUUUUCCUAACAGCCCCGUAUUACGGGAGCAGGAUUGUGGUGCACCAGAACGGGACACUGGAGAUUCGGAACAUCAGGCCCUCGGACACGGCGGAUUUUAUCUGCGUGGCACGUAACAAGGGGGGAGAGUCUGUGCUGGUGGUGCAGCUGGAAGUCACAGAAAUGCUACGGAGACCAAUGUUCAAAAACCCUUUCAACGAAAAAAUAAUAGCAAAACCUGGGAAAACGAUCACACUGAACUGUUCUGUGGAUGGAAACCCUCCCCCAGAUAUAAGCUGGAUGCUGCCCAAUGGCACUUGGUUUUCCAGCAGCAUCAGGACACCCCAGUUUUUCACGGGAAGCAACGGGACCCUGACCAUCUACAAUCCUGACAGGCACCACGCCGGGCGCUACCGCUGCGCCGCCCGGAACCAGGUGGGCUACAUAGAGAAGCUGGUGGUCCUGGAGCUGGCCCAGAGGCCCAGCAUCCUCACCCUCCCCGCAGGGCUGGUGAGGGCCGUCAGCGGGGAGCCUCUGUGGCUGCACUGCCUGGCCGAGGGCAGCCCCCGGCCCCGCGUGGCGUGGACGCUGCCGGGGGGCCGCGUGCUGGAGCGGCCGCAGGCCAGCGGGAGGUUCCUGCUGCUGGAGAACGGCACCCUGCUCAUCCGGGCAGCCACGGCCCAGGACGCGGGGAAUUACCUGUGCAGGGCCCACAACGACGCCGGGGACGCCUCCCUCACCACUCCUGUGACAGUCACAGCCUACGCCCCGCGGAUCGUGGGCAGACCGCCCCCAGCCAUCCACACCGUGCCAGGGGCAGCGGUCCAGCUCCACUGCAUCACGCUGGGCAUCCCCAAACCAGAAAUCUCCUGGGAGUUACCCGACCGCUCCAUCCUCUCCACAGCUCACCAGGGCCGGGGCUCCGGGGGUGAGCUGCUCCACCCCACGGGGACUCUGCUCCUGCAGAACCCCUCCGGCUCCGGCACGUACAAGUGCACGGCCAGGAACACCCUCGGCACCGACACCGCAGUCACCUACGUGCACGUCCUCUGA